AUGUCUGAAGCGGAUGCUCAAGAAGAGUUUCACGAUGCUCCAGAAGAGGCAACAAUUGAGAUUCAGAAAGAAUUUGUAGCUGAAAUUGAUGGCGAAAAUAGCACUGCUCAACAAGUUGAAGGUGAGUGCUGAAAUAAGUUUUUCAGAACAAAAUACAUUUUUUAGGUGGAGAAGAAGUGGAAGAAGUUUUAGUAACAGCUGAAGCUGAUGAUGAAGAAAAAAGUGCUCAACAAGUAGAUGAAGAUCGAACUGAAGAUCAGGUAGGAAAAAAAAACAAAAAGCAGAUAUACAAAAAUAACAAAUAUUACACAUUCUUGAGUUACACAAAUAACUUAACUUAUGUUUUUGUUUUGUUAUUAUUGCUUUUUGUUCAGAGCUCACAAAAAUCAUUAUUAUCAUUUAUUUUUUGUUGGAAGAUUGACAUGAUUUUUUUGAAAAAAACAUACUUGUUAUUUUUCAAAAACUUCAAAUUUUUGAAAUUAUUUUUUGGGUGAAUGGUAGAAUAGCCCCCACCUCCUUAUGAGGAAACCUAUUUUUAGAUUGAGACAUUCGAGUAAGGCUUAUAUUAUUCAUGUGUGGCUUAAUUUUUUGAAUAUAUUUGAUUGAUUCAUUUUUAAGGACCUAAUUUCCAAAAAAAAAUUCCUAAUGCUUUUAGUGAAAAUUAAACUUUUCGAAAAAAAUUACGAAAAUUUGAAUCUCAAUGAAAAAAAAACUUUUAAACUAAUUUUAUAAUUUCGCAAUGAUCUCAACAUUUAUCAAAAAAUCCCCCAAAAAUAUCUACCAAAAAGUGUCAUAAAAUCAAUAGACGUUGCCAUUUUUUGUAGCGCAAUCAGUACACAAACCAGACCAACUCUCAAUAAACAAUAAUAUUUUUUUUGGAAAACCAAAUCUUGAUUGCUUCCCGUAGGCAAAAAAGUGCGUAGGCCCAAAUAUCCUAUCAUUUUUUCAUCCAUUUUAUUCGUUCUUUUCGUGUCUUUUUUUCAGCAAGUUUCUCAACAUCUGUACUCAAACAAAUCCUCAAUCAAACUUUAGUUUAUCUAUUUCCAUUUUAUUUUUUUUUGUGUUGUUAGAAAAAACCUUUUUUUUUCAAAUUUCGAAAUUUCAAAAUCAAUAUUUUCAGGUCCCGGAUAUCACUGGAACGGAGAACGUGGACCCAAUGACAACAAGCAUGGAUGGAAUUGAAGAAUUGCCAGCUAACGAGGAAACUCAGGUAAGAAAAACGAACAGAUUUACUUAUUUUUCACAUUUAAAUUUGAUAACUUUUCGAGUUUCAUUACGCUUAUAAGUUCUAAUAACCUAAUCCUAAAAUAAAAAUAACAGUUCGAAGACACAAUUCUCGAAGAAGACGAAUUGCCGGAUCAAAUGGAAUCCUGUGAGCAUCAGGAGCAACAUUCUGAUUCUGAAUAUGUUGAAGAAGAAAUCAUUAUUGAGGAAGAGUUUAAAGAGAGCGAUUACGUGAGUUAUAAUAACUUUAAUGAGAACUAAAAGUAGAUAAUUAAUUAAAUAGAUUUAAUCAGAAAAAAUAAUAAUCUAAUCAACAAUCCAAUACCAAUAAACAUUUUGAGUGUCUUUUUGAACAUUUAAAAUUAUUUUUAAAAUUAGUAGCUAUUUUACAAAAUAAAAAACUUGUGUGAGAAAACCCUAGAGCAAAUAAUCAACAAAAAUUAGAAACUUUUAACCAACAUUCCUAACCUAAAUGCUCAUCGUUUUCAAGACUUUUUUGAUAUUUCAGAAAUGUUUUUGAUCUACGGAAAAAUGUUUUAUUGAAAAUUGUGUUUUUUAGUUUUGUAAACGGUUUGGGUUUUUUUUUUUCAAAUACCUGAAAAUUUAGAACAGAAUAAAAUCUUGAACUCACCAAGUCACCUUAUAUCAUUCUCUUAAUUUCUAGGUAGACGCUUCUGCUCAAGAAGAAUCCGCACCAGCAGAGGAAUCUGCUCCAGCUGAAGAUGCCGCGCCAGCUGAAGAGGCUGCUCCAGAGGAAGCUGCUCCAGCAGAAGAAGCCGCACCGGCAGAAGAAGCUGCUCCAGAAGAGGCUGCACCAGCUGAAGAAGCCGCCCCAGAAGAAGCCGCUCCUGAAGAAGCUGCUCCAGCAGAGGAAGCUGCUCCAGAAGAAGCCGCACCAGCUGAGGAGGCUGCUCCAGAAGAGGCUGCUCCAGCAGAGGAAGCUGCUCCAGCUGAAGAAGCCGCGCCAGCUGAAGAGGCUGCACCAGAAGAAGCUGCACCAGAUGAGGAAGCUGAGCCAGCAGUUGUUGUAGAAGAAGCUGCUCCAGAAACACCAGCCGCCACAGAAGAAGAGGUUGCUGACAAACAAGAAUUUGAACUUCAAGCUCCACCAGAGGGUAAACGACCAAGAACUCCAAACGACUUGGACAACCCACCAGCUGAAGAAGAAGCUGCUCCAGAAGAGGCUGCUCCAGCUGAAGAAGCUGCUCCAGCUACACCAGCUGCUACAGGUAAGGUUUGAAAGUUUUGACAACUAUAGGAUUUUUGUGAGGAAUUUUCGCCAUUUUUUUAUUUCGAAAAAAUGAUAAAUCAUAUGUUUUCACGGUUUUCCGUGGACAAACUUUAGACGGAAGAAAAAUUCAAGAAAAUACAUUCUUUCAUAAAAUUACUUUUUGAGAACCAGUUUUAAAUAUGAAUUUUACAACAAGUUUCAUUCAAAUUCAUGGGGAAACAACAAAAAACACGUGAAAGAAAAAUUUCCAAAAAACAAAAACAAGGAAAUAAAAGUAGAAAUGGAAGUGCGCCCUAUUGAUAAACAUUGCAUGUGUCGCACUCUUUCAAAAAUUUGUGUGUGUUUUGUCGUUUAUGUUUUAUUAUCAGACUAAAAGGGUGUCUGGGAACAUUUUUUAAUCCAAAUUUUUUCCAGAAAAUCAAUCAGUCCCACCAACACCAAGAUCGGCUGCACCAAGUGAGGUGCCACCAACUCCAAAGUCCGCAGCUCCAAGCGAGGUUCCACCCACUCCAAAAUCAGCUGCGCCAAGCGAGGUGCCACCAACACCAAAAUCCGCUGCACCAACUGAAAGCGUGCCACCAACACCAAAAUCAGCUGCCCCAAGUGAGGUUCCCCCAACACCGAAAUCUGCGGCUCCAACUGAAAGUGUGCCACCAACUCCAAAAUCUGCUGCACCAUCCGAAGUGCCACCAACACCAAAAUCGGUUGCCAAUGGAAGUGUUCCACCAACACCAAGAUCUGCAAAAUUAGCCAACGGAAGCAUUCCAGGAACACCAUCAGUUAUUGCGCCAGAAAGGUUACAUUUUCAUUCUCCUUCUACAAAAUUUUCACGCACUUCUAUCUUUUUUUGUUUAUUUUUCAAAAUUGCUUCACUGUUAGCAUGACCCUAUCACUUCUACACAUCUAACACCUCCUUUUCCAAAACUAAUCUGCAAUUUCAGCGCAAAGGCUACACCAGCCGCCACACCAGCCGCUGAUCAAACAGCCUUCACUUUCGAAGAGACACCAGCCACUCCAACAAAAACCAGUGUGCCAGCAACUCCUAAUGACAAUUUGGCACCGAAAACCCCAAAGACACCAAAAACUCCACGCACCCCGCGCACUCCAAAAACACCCAAAACUCCAAAGACACCAGUGUGAGAUUUUCUUCUUCUAUUUUUAUUUUCUAUCCUUGCUUCUCUCCAUAUUUUUUUCAAAGUUCAAUCAAUAAUUUUUUGAAAAUUUAGCGUUGAAGAGCCAGAAGCUGAGCCAGUUGCUGAAGCUGAGCCAGUCGUUGAAGCUGCUGAAGCAGAACCAGUUGUUGAAGAAGCUGAACCAGUCGCUGAACCUGAACCUGCAGCCGAGCCAGAAACUGAGCCAGCUGCUGAGCCAGAACCAGCCGCUGAAGCUGAACCAGCUGCCGAGCCAGAAGUUGCUCAAGAUGUUGAAAAGCCAAUCACCAAGACUGAAGUCUCGCAAGACACUGCUGAACCAGUCAGCCGUCGUGAACCAUCCGCUUCACCCCCACCAAGAAGACGUGUUCAAUCACCAAGCCCUGAAAGAUCACGCCCAGCUAGACACGCUGAUCGUGACAUCACAACUUAUGAUGAAGACUCAUACAAAACUAUUCCACCACCAAGAAUCCCAACAGCCACUUCAUUCUCAUCGUGGAGCCCACCAGAUAAACAAAGCUAUACACCAAUUAGGUAGGAAUUUUACCUUCAAAAUUUCUCCACAACAAAAACUCAAACUUUUUUCAGCCCAUUCGUCAGCACUGCCAACAAAUACCGUAAUGAUUACACAUCUGGAUCAAGCUAUCGCCCAUCCAACAUCUAUACUCAACACUUUGACGAUAUCGUUGCUACCGGAGCUUUCUCAUCGGCUCUUUAUUCAACAACUCGACUUAUUGAGAGAUCAAGAAGCCGAACUCGUGAACGUAAACAAGCCAUGAGAUCUCAAAGAUCGGCAUCCAAUUAUUAUAGGUGAGUAUAACAUUUUGAAAAAAAAUCUGCGUUCGGGAGGAAUCAAAUCCCGGUCAAAAGCUUUCAAGAAUGUUUUUUCAAGUUUAUGAAAACUUGAAUCCUAAAAAUUAUCUGGAAACUGUUUCAAGCAUAAAUUUAAAUUAAAACUUUAACUUUUUUGAUAAAAAUUUUGGCCCAAUAAAUUUAUUUCCAGAUGUUUUUCUGAUUUUAAUUUUCAAAUCACGAAAUCCCGAGUGUUAUUUGAAUUUUUUGAAAUAUUCAUAAAAUAUGUUUCUACCACUAUACGAUUCCCAUAUGUUUCCAGAUAUGUUUCGCAAUAUCCAGCUCCAACUCGUGCUCGUGAAUACUCAACUCCACCAACUCGUGCCGUUUCUCGUCCACCAAGCAGAAACUCCUCAUUCAUCUCGUUCUUGGACUAUUCGGAUUCUAAACAAGGAGAACUUUCGCGCGCCAAUUCUCGCACUUCAAUUUAUGGAGAUUCAUUGUCGAGAAGCGGGUAAGCUUUUCUUUCAAAAUAUUUGAGAAAAGUAUCAAAAGAGUAUUUUUAGAUCUCGUUCAAAUGUUGAUUUGUAUUUGGGUGGUGGUCGAUUGUCUCGUGUUGAUAGCUACGUCAGAGAUAUCCAUACUCCAUACGAAUAUGAGGUGAGAAAUCUUUUUUUUUGAUAUUGAGAAGGUAAACAAUACAAUCUUAUAGGUUCCAUCAACUUAUGAGAGAUAUCGUUCAUCCUCUCGAACACCUUCUUAUUCAACAGUCAACGGUUAUACGGUUAGUUUAUUUUUUCCUAGAUUGUUAGUGAAAAGUGGGAAUUUUGUGGUUCAAACAACAAUUGUGUAGGUGGAUGAUUGUUUUGAUAAAUAAUUGAUGAAAAUAAGAAAACUGAAACUAAUGAUCAAUCAUUUUAAGAUCAGACAGAAAAAAAGAAAACAUUGGUUCUAAAUAAAUAAUAGGUUGAUUCGAUUAGUUCCGGGAAAAACUGGAACAAAAGUUCAUACUUUCAAAGUUAUGUAGAUUGUAUAUUUGAGAUCUGAAAAUUAUCAAGAAUUUCUAGCUCAAUUUGGAAAAUUUUCAAUCUUUCAAAUUCUGAGAACAUUUUAUUGUAUCAAAAUCCUUUCAUUUCCAAAAGUUUCCGAAAUUUUUUGGUAAUUUGUGAGUUUACAUCUUCUGAACUGAGUAGCUUUAGAAGUUUUGAAAACAGUUUAGUUUGAGAUUUCGAAAAUUUCAAAUCUACAUGAUUUUCAAAACUUCAGCUCUCGAAUCUCAUUUUCUAUACAAACAAUAUUCGGGAUAACUAAUUUCAUAUCACAGAGGCUUCAAUAUUUCUUAAACCAUUCAAAACCCCCAAAAAAAUCUCGAAAAAGUGCAACAAAUCCUCGUCAUUCGAAACAAACACCCACUCAAAACGAGGCAAAAAAAGCUGCUCAUUGAAGCUAUCCCUCUUCUCAAUUCCAUCAUUCACACAAAUACCAACAAACACUAAAGAAAUAACCAAAACACGUGCGGAGAGUACUUGGAUACUUGAGAAACAGUUACCUUUUUUUUCGUCUAUCCACAACAAAACCAUAUCUUUCAUUUUCCUAUUCCAAAGGGGCGAAAAAUACAAGCACUUUGCGAUUUGUCCAUUGAGCAGAAGCAAACAUACUUCAGCAUUUUGGAAAGAAAAAGAAGACACAGCAGUUUUCUUGUCGCACCAGACAUUUUUUCUAUCCCCGGUGUGUUUCUGUUUUUUGCGUGCGCAGCGUGUUGCAAAUCCUUGUCGAUCGAGACGAAACUUCUCUUAUUUUAUUUUAUUCAAAACCAAAUUUAUUCAUCGAAAAACUGAAAAGUUUACGAAUCUCCGAUCGAUAAUCUAAUCCUUCUCGAAACAUGUAUCUAUUGAGCAAAAAACGAAUUUAUCGACAAAAAUAUGAUAUCGUAAGUAGAAAGGGCAAAAUUGAAAUGAAAACCACAAAAUUCCCACUAACAUGUUUCCUUCAACUCUAAAUCCCGACCAUUUUAGUCCUAUACUUCUUCACCAUCAUACAUUGAAACUGAUUCAACUCGCAGAAUGAAAAGAUAUCAAAGAGAUACUAGUCCAGCACUUGUUCGUAGCAUGUAUGAGGUAUGCAUAUCAAUUUGUAUUUUUAUGAUGAUUAUAUUUUGUCCUCCGGUUGUCCUACUAAUGUGCCCGUCUAACAUACACGAGAAUAGCGUCCCAAAGUUGACUUUUUUCAUGUGCCAACCUUUUUUUGCAGGGACGAAUUGGUCAUUUGGAGAGAUCGCUUUCCAGAGAAAUUAUUCAAAAAGAUAGAGUAAGUUUGACAAAUGGUGGAAUAUUUAGAAAAAAAUGUUGAUUAGAUUCUGAAAACUGUUGAAUGGUCUGCAAGAUCUCAAAUAUUAUAGGCUUCCAAUUAGAAACUUUCAGAGUUUAGACAUCCAAGUCCUUUUUGACUGAAAAAUCUCUAGAAUUCCUUCCUAGUCUGGUCAGACAUUUUUUUCGCAAUAUCUAAUAUCAUAAGAUAAGUGGGUAAUGUAAACAAUAUCACAUUUUGAUCCUUUAGAACAUACGUAGAUAGUGUUUUUUUUUUCGAAAAAUAAAUACCCACUAGAUACCUCAGAAAAACCCUAUAGUUAUCUAUUCAGUUGCGCAACGAAUAUCAACAAAUCUCAUCAAAACUCGAUCAAGCAUGCCGUCAAAUGGAAUUGCUCAGGUCAAACUCAUACAGCAGCUAUCGUGGACAAUCCCUACCCCGCACCAGUGUCUAUUCCCACUUCUAUCCAUACUAUUAAACUUAUACCCCAAAGAACCUGCACCUCUUUAAUUCUUCUUGUAGAAACCUUCUUCAAACUACACACGCUAUUAGUGUCUUGCAUUUUUUUUCUCGUCUUAAAUUGUUUCCUGAUUCUUACAGGAGCAUUACUUUACGAUUCGAUGUAGAUUUUUCCCACGAAACCAAACCACACAACUUCUCCUAAUAAUUGUCGCCUUUCCUAAUAAAUCUUCCAAAUUUCAAAAAAAAACUGUUCAUAUUAUAUAUUUCUGGAUUCAAUUUUUAUAAUAACCUAACAUGUUUUAUGUUUAAUGUAGACUAACAUAGAUGUUAACAAUGAUUUUCAAGAAAAAAACAUCCAAUAACGAUUUUUGCAGCCCGUAUACACCUCCCAGUAUGGACGAUCAACGGCUGAUAAAUCGGCCGGAUAUUCGGCGCUCCAUAGCUUACUCUCUGGAUUUACGCGCGACUGGGCUGCCUACAACUGAGAGGUUUGUCUGAAAAUUAAUGUAAUUUCAGUUUUUCAAUCAAGUUAUUUUGCAGGUGGCGGUUAGGAAAUGUGGUUUAUGGUGGUUUAUAUCGUAAAAAAUAUGAUGCAGACUUGGAAAAAGCUGUACAAUAUUAUAGUUCCUCUGCCAAAUCUCGAAGACAUUAUUAA